AAAAAAGAACAAAAUUAACGAUUCUGUCAACGUAAUCAAAAAUUCAAGAAAGAGUCCAGUCGACUCCUACGCGUAUCAGUUUUAUUCGAGUAACGUCUUAUUUCCUUCCGUUUAUCGUUAUCAGCACACCGGGAGCGGGCGGCUAGUGCUUGAAUGUGCUAUCUGCAUUGAAGACAAAUGGAUACACUUCGGGCUCAACCAACCGUUUGAUUCAAUCAAAGAAGACUGAAAUAGUGAUAUUUGUAAAAAUGGCACCCAAAUCCAACAACAGCAAUCUGAAAUAUCUCAGCCUGGUCACACUUACGCUUCAGAAUGCAAUUCUCGGUCUCAGUAUGCGUUACGCCCGGACCCGAUCCGGUGACAUGUUUCUCAGUUCGACGGCCGUCGUGAUGGCCGAGGUGGUCAAACUCGGUACCAGUUUGGUGCUGGUUUUCCUAGAGGAAGGCAAAAGUUUCCCCCGGUUCAGGGGCAUCCUGCACAGCACGAUCGUCAAGCAACCGUUCGACACGCUGAAAAUCUGUGUACCCUCGUUUGUGUACAUCGUCCAGAACAAUCUGCUGUACGUGGCUGCAUCGCAUCUGGAUGCAGCCACCUAUCAGGUCACGUACCAGCUGAAGAUUCUGACUACGGCAGUGUUUGCGGUGAUCAUACUGCGGAAGAAACUGUUUCCCUCGCAGUGGGCAGCGCUGGUGGCUCUGGUGGUUGGAGUGGCCUUCGUGCAGUUGGCACAAACGGUUCCCGCUGGUGAGGCUGCAUCGCGACAGCAACACAUGCCAGGUGAACCUGAUCAAAACCGUCUGCUCGGUUUUGCGGCAGCCGUUGGUGCUUGCUUUAUGUCCGGUUUCGCUGGGAUUUUCUUCGAAAAGAUGCUGAAGGGGGCAGACAUUUCGAUCUGGAUGCGAAACAUUCAACUGAGCCUGCUCAGCCUCCCGUUCGGGUUGCUGACCUGCAUCGUUAACGAUGGCUCCAAACUGACGGCCAACGGAUUCUUCUUCGGGUACGACGGAUUCAUUUGCUACCUGAUUGCACUGCAGGCUGGCGGAGGUUUAAUCGUUGCGGUAGUGGUUAAGUAUGCCGACAACAUUCUCAAAGGCUUUGCCACCUCGCUAGCGAUCAUCAUUUCCUGUGUGGCGUCGAUGUAUCUGUUCGAUUUCCACCUGACGCUGCUGUUCACCGUCGGUGCUGCACUGGUUAUCGGGUCCAUCUUUCUGUACGGGUAUGAUCCGAACAGCAAAACAGCCGGCAAGCACAAAAUCAUCAAAUUACACCCGGAUCCGGACCAGGAGCGGUUACUGGCGGAAAAGGUUUAAACCGGCGUCGGCAACGAUUCAUCGAAUAUGAAAAGUAUUUUUUUUUGCUUUAGUUUUAAUGUUUUAUUCUCUGUUAGGUCGACAAUUCGAAAUGCAAUCUUGAAGCGAACAAGUUCUCGUUACUUAAGCAAUCAGCGUUUAUUUAUUCGAAAGGUAUCAAUAAAUAUUGACUUUACUUUCCUGUGGUGUUGAA